GCCUAGGACCAGACUCCUGGACUAAGCCUGGGAUCGUGGCUAAGGACGUGGGUCUCACUGGAGGUCAGCGCGGCAAGCUCCGAUGUCCGCAGAGGCGAGAACAGGACGCUCUCCUCCCCUGGCCAGAAAUGUGGCUCCAGGUUGUCAGGGCUGGGAGGGGGGCCCGGGGUGGGAAGCGGGGAGAUAGGGCGGUAGGACCCGGCGGGAGCUUCCUUGGCCAGGAAGGGAACGGGGCGGGGGGAAAAGAGGGAGGGAGAGAGAAAAAGAGAAGGUGAUCGCGAGCGGGCGUCAGCGCUCGCCGCGCCGCACGAGUUGCACUGCUCUGGCGGACCGGACCUGGACUCUAUAUAAGGAGCCCAUCUGCUCCGGAGCUCGCUCGCUCCUCCCGGGCUGGCGCACGCCGCGUCCCUCCAGCUUCCCCAGACACCUGCCCCUUCCCCGUGUGCCGCGCCAGGUCCUCCAGACCCGCGCACCCAGUGGCAUGGCUCCGAGUGGUUCCCGUGGGACCGAGGUGGCGGUGGUGGCCGCGCGGCCCGAGCAGCCGCAACUCCAGCCCCACUGUCCCCCCUUUUAUGGCUCCGUCUCCGCGGGGCCGCUCGUCCGAGUGGCCAGAGAGUGAAAAGAGAGGGAGGGGAGAGCUCCGGAGCGAGGCGCGGCUCAGCGCUGCUCCUAGACUUCACCGCACCCAGCUCUGGCGGCCGCUGCAGCCUCAAAAAAGUGCCCCAGCUUGGGGCGAGGGGCGGGAAUGCAAGAUCGGGACCUCUCGCUGGCCUGCAAGCCUUGGUUUCCACACCUAGGAAACUCCUGUGGGCAAAGUCUGCAGAUCCAAGAGCGUCCAGGUUAGGAGACGCUCAGCCUCAAGCAACGGGGGUAAGCCAGACCCCAUUUGGUCAAAGCCUUCUCCUCGAGCAGUACUUCACCCUCCGGCACUAGACGCCUCCAGGGAGCUGGAGCGGAGCAGGGCUCGGCGGGCCAGUUCUCAGCAACCCAGGGCUAAGACCCGGUAUGGAGAGGAACAACCACAGGCGCGGCGGCUUUGCCAGGCGCUCUGGAAGUGCAGGGGACGCGCCCGCCUGCCUCGGCUGCCGCGCCCAUGACCUCUAGUCUCAGCUGUGAACCUGGGCGGAGGAAUAAUUGAGGAACUCACGGAACUAUCAACUGAGGACAAACCUGCGAUCGCCACGGUCCUUCCGCCCUCUCCUUCGUCCGCUCCAUGCAAAAGAGCUGCGCUCCGGGGCUGGGGCGAGGAGAAAGAACCAUGGAGGAACCGGGUGCCCAGUGCUCUCCACCGCCGCCCGCGGGCUCCGAGACCUGGGCUCCUCAAGCCAACCUCUCCUCUGCUCCCUCCCAAAACUGCAGCACCAAGGGCUAUAUUUACCAGGACUCCAUCGCCCUGCCCUGGAAAGUCCUGCUGGUGAUGCUACUGGCGCUCAUCACCUUGGCCACCACGCUGUCCAAUGCCUUUGUGAUUGCCACCGUGUACCGGACCCGGAAGCUGCGCACCCCGGCUAACUACCUGAUCGCCUCUCUGGCGGUCACCGACCUGCUCGUGUCCAUCCUGGUGAUGCCCGUCAGCACCAUGUACACUGUCAGCGGCCGCUGGACCCUGGGCCAGGUGGUCUGUGACUUCUGGCUGUCGUCGGACAUCACCUGUUGCACUGCCUCCAUCCUGCACCUGUGUGUCAUCGCCCUGGACCGCUACUGGGCCAUCACGGACGCCGUGGAGUACUCAGCCAAAAGGACUCCCAAGAGGGCGGCGGUCAUGAUCGCGCUGGUGUGGGUCUUCUCCAUCUCCAUCUCGCUGCCGCCCUUCUUCUGGCGCCAGGCCAAGGCCGAGGAGGAGGUGUCGGACUGCGUGGUGAACACCGACCACAUCCUCUACACGGUCUACUCCACGGUGGGUGCGUUCUACUUCCCCACCCUGCUCCUCAUCGCCCUCUACGGCCGCAUCUACGUGGAAGCCCGCUCCCGGAUUUUGAAACAGACGCCCAACAGGACCGGCAAGCGCUUGACCCGAGCCCAGCUGAUAACGGACUCCCCCGGGUCCACGUCCUCGGUCACCUCGGUGAACUCGCGGGCUCCCGACGUGCCCAGCGAAUCCGGGUCUCCCGUGUACGUGAACCAAGUCAAAGUGCGAGUCUCCGACGCCCUGCUGGAAAGGAAGAAGCUCAUGGCCGCUAGGGAGCGCAAAGCCACCAAGACCCUGGGGAUCAUUCUGGGAGCCUUUAUUGUGUGCUGGCUGCCCUUCUUCAUCAUCUCCCUCGUGCUGCCUAUCUGCAAAGACGCCUGCUGGUUCCACCUCGCCAUCUUCGACUUCUUCACCUGGCUGGGCUAUCUCAACUCCCUCAUUAACCCCAUCAUCUAUACCAUGUCCAAUGAGGACUUUAAACAAGCGUUCCAUAAACUGAUACGUUUUAAGUGCACGAGUUGACUUGCCAAGUGCAGUGGGGUCGCCUAAGCGACCUUUGGGGACCAAGUUGUGUCUGGUUCCACAGCCACUACAGCCUUCAGCAACAACCAUUCUGAUCAGUCAGCAGCCAUCAACAUCAAGACAAGACCUUUCACCAGCAAAUAUUACAACUCUCUGAAGGCUCUGAUGAGUAUUAGCAUUUUUUAGUAAUAAGAUAAUUUUUAAUUAAGGUAAAUGCAUUGAUUUUAGAUAUAAUGUUUUUGCAUACUUAAUAGACUACAGUGUAGUGUAAACAUAAUUUUUAUACGCACUAAGAAGCUAAAAAAAUGUGUGACUUGCUUUGUUUCAAUACUUGCCUUUUGUGGUGGUCUGGAGCUGAACUUACAGUAUCACCAAUAUAUGCCUAUAUCUGAAUUAUAUUCAAUUAUGUCCCCAAAACAGCUAUAGUAGGAGAUACGUCUACAUGGUUAACAAGUUUAAAAUUUAAAACCACAAGCACAUUAUUAUAAUAAAUCAAAUAAUAACAGAAGACUGAUAAUCAGAAAGAACUAUUUUUAUUUCACUCCUAUUACUCAGAAGACCACACCUGACUGCAGUGCUGUGAGACCUGAGCAGAAAUAUUGUGGGAUAAUAAAUGUAUGUUGUACUAAGCCACAAGUUUGUGGUAACUUAUUACACAGUAAUAGAAGGCUUAUACGCAUAGCAGCUUGUUCUUAUUUUGUGGAUGGAAUGUCUUCCCCAUCAUCCUCCUUUGAAGAUACUAACAAGAAUUUUCUUUUGUUCCCCUCCAUUACUUUCAUUGGUUCUUUUAUUAAUUUAGGCUAUUUCUUGAGUUAAAAGUUCUCUUCAAAUAGAGGUAAUUCUUUGUCUUAUGUAUAGAUGUGAGACACUAAAAAAGACAUCAGGUACCCAAAUGAUGCUUGUGACAAGUAAGUUUCCAUUUGAGUAGGCAGAAGCAGAUAUAUGGAGAUCUUUUCUCUGUUCCUAUUGAAUUUCUCCAAUAGAGAUAUGUUUGAGCUCUGGCUAAGUACUAAUGACUGGCUACUAGAAUUCCAUUUGUGAGAUGGCCACGGAAGUCUGAGCAUUUGACCAUCUUACUGGCUAUUAUGAAAGAAAGGUUAUGGGAAGUCAUUGUUUUGGACUAGCCUCUUGCACUUCGCCCCAGCAGACGAGACCAAACCAAAAUGGAGUCACUAAUGCAAGGAGGUCCCAACACAGGUCAGUUUUUCCUGAAAGCAGGGCGUUGACACCAACCAAUCAGAAAGAACUUAUUCUACUUGAGUCAGCAUAAUAAGAAAAUCAGCUCCAUUUUAACCCUUACGAAGAAAGUGACCAACAGUGACCUGUUAACCAACUCACUUUUAAAAAUUGAGGUUUCCUUAAAAAAACCAACCAUUCUAUAAUGCCCAGUAGAAACCCCAUUCUAUUUCAGAGAAUGAGAUGUUGACUGAUUUUAGAAUUGCUAAUAAAAGACAAUUAGAUUUUUAAACUAAAGUUGUUUUAGUUUUGUCUUUUGACACCAUCAAUUAAUUCCUAUAAUCAACCCUAGGCCACAUUUUUACUAGGACAAUCUUCAGUUUCAAUAUUUCGGAAAGUACACCCCAGAUCUCAUCUUGCCUAGGAGUAGAUGUUUGAAUGCCAAUGUUCUGCGUGUCUGUGCAUAGAUACUUUAUGUAUUGACUUGCAACAAACCUUUGCAAUGUGAAGCCUCAAAGCUGCUAUUUGCUGUACCUAUGGCUGGCCUCUGAGACCUUCUCAGGUCUUUGCCACAAAUCAGUUCUCUUUGAUUUUGUGUUUCUUUCGAUACACAUAUUAGAUUAUAGGAUUCACAAAUGUUGAUGAAUAAUUACCAUUUUAAAAACUGGAAAUUAAGAGAACAGAACAGCUAAUAGAAAAAAAAUAGGAUAGGAGUCUAAAAAUUGUGUUAAACCAUUGUAACUUGGGAACCAUCUAUAUUAAGUGGAACUUUACUAAGAUUAUUUUUAUUUAUAUGAAAUGUUAACUGCUGUUUACAUUGCAGAAGCAUUUACAUUGUAAGGGAGGAGAGAGUUAAUUUAUUUUAUACAGUUUAGAAUAUGAAUCUGGUAAAUAUUAUUUUACACACUCAUGGUUUUGAGAGUAUCUACAAAAUUUUGACUGACACUGGAGUCCGUUGUCACAACUUCUCUCUUCUUUACAGGUCAUUGUCUAGCUGUUGUCCAGCCGAAGGAACUUAAGUAUUUAUCUUAGGGCCUCUUUACCAGUGGCAUCCAAUGUUUGCCACCAACCAUUUUCAUGUUUUCAUUGCUCAUUGCUCCCAUCCACCCAAACGGCAGAUUUCCUCAUUUACAGAAGUGAAGCUGCUCUGCUUAUGGAAACUCCCCUACUGAGUAGAUAAAUAUCUCCAUACAGAGAGCUCAUGUUAAUCAGCCCUUAGGUAGGGUUAACAUUUCAUCAUUAUAAUGACAUACAGACAACCUCCUCAACUUACGAUGGGAGUUACAUUCAGAUAAAUCCACUGCAAAUUAAAAAUAUCAUAAGUUGAAAAUCUGUUUAACACACCUAAUCUACCAAACGUCAUAGUUUAGCCUAGCCUACCUUAAACAUAUUUAGAACACAUACAUUAGUCUAUAAUUGGGCAAAAUCAUCUAACACAAAGCCUAUUUUAUAAUACAGUGUUGAGUAACUCACAAAAUUUAUUAAAUACUGUACUGAAAGUAUAAAACAAAAGGGUUGUAUAGGUAGUUGAGGUAGAGUUUCUAUUAAAUGUGUAUUGUUUUUGCACCAUUGUAAAGUCUAAAAGUAGUAAGUUAAACCAUCAUAAAUUAGGGGCCUUCUACGUUAGGCGUUGUCUCUGCCUGCUAGGUGAGGCAGAAGAUAAACAAAAGCAAAUAAAUAAAGUCUUAAAAAUGUUGGAAAGGAAUCUGGAAAGAAGCAAUUUUUUCUAUAUUAAGAAUUCAUAAAUACAUUAAUAAAACAAAUUCAUAGGGGCUAUUUUAAGAAUGACAUAAAUGACAUUAAUAUUAGAAAUGUGAAAGACUCCUCAUGCCCUUAGCCCUAAGUUCUAAUGAAAACUACAUAAAUAAUAUAUAUAUUAUAUACAUGUGUGCAUAUAUAGAGAUAGGAGAGGCAUAACUAUUACUAAAGUUAUAUAAAUUAAUAAUGACAUUUUAAAUGGAAAGAUCAUAUGAAAAAGGUGGGAUUUGAGCAGAAUUUAAUAAUGUGAAAUAAGUUACAAACAUAGUGUGCUAUUGCCCUAUUCCUUUUGUGUGUAGAUAAAAUCUAUGUCAUCAUAACAAAGAACAAGAAAAGGAUUCGGUUUAUAUUCAAAGAUUCUUGAGGAUAUAGAAAAAUUGACAGUGACUGUUUCUAAAUUGACACAUAGCUCAUCAUUAUUUCCUAAGAGCUUUUAGACUUUGAGGAAAUGUUUGUCAAAACUAUAUGUAAACUGUUCACUUAUUUCAACUAUGUUUCUGGAUUUUUAAAAAUAUGAUUCAGCACUCAUACUAUUAUUGCUUUUCUAGAGGGAAGGGAAAAGCAAUUAUUAUUAUUAAUAUUAGUAAUAAAAACAGUUGUGAUUGCAGAAAAUAAGAUCAGUAGAGGCAGCAGAAGUAAAAAUCACAUUUUAUUUAAUCAUUGGACUCAUUACAAUAUGCCUAUUGCAACAGCUUAUAUGCAUGUAUAAAAAUAUAAAAACUAUAAGUUAAAAUAUAAAUGCUAUAAGAAUGCAAUAAAUAUGGGGAGAAGGCAAAUACAUGCUACAAAAAUAUCCUAAAUGCCCUUAGCACACUAGGUACUAAGAAAACCAGAUUGGAUGGUAUUUGAUGUUAUAUAAUUUUCAAAAAUAUAUUAAUUAAGCUUCCCCUAUUCCCAAGAAAGAAAAAAUAUCUAAGCUCUUUCUCCCUUUUUAUAAGUGAUUUUGAGUUUUUCCUUUUUACAUAUACUCAGAGGCAUUCUGAUGGGUUAUUUUGAACAUAUGCUAUAAACAAAUAGAAUGAGAUGAUAGCACGUAUUUUUUCAUGUGCUGAGAACCAAGCUACUGAAAAAAUAUGUAACAAA